AUGGAGAUGUCUGCUUUUGCUGGAUUGCAUGAUGAUCUCCAAAUGGAAAUUCUCUCCUCGCUUUCGGUGAAGGCUCUCCUGCGAUUACGGUGCGUUUGUAGGACAUGGAAUUCCCUCAUCUUCCAUCCUUCAUUUGUUAAUUCACACUUUCAAAGAUCCUCCAAGAACCCCGAAAUCCUAAUCAUGUUUUGCAUUAAUUCGAGUGAAUUCCCUGAAGACACCGGUGUCCGCAUUACACGAUGCACUAUACGGUCUAUACUGGAAAACCCAUCUUUGGUCCUUGAUGAGUUGCGAUCUUGUUCAGGGAAUUUGCCAUUAUACGAUUCAUCUCAACAUAUGUUGGGUGUAUGCAAUGGGUUGAUAUGUAUGCGUUAUCAUUUAAACAUAGGUCAAUAUGACCUUUACUUUGUUCUAUUUUGGAACCCGGCCACUAAGAUUAAGUCUAAUAUUUCCCCAUUCCUACAUGUCAAUUCUUGCAAUGAUAGUGAAGAUUAUGAUGUGAAGAAAGGGUUUGGGUACGAUAAUUCAAAUAGAACUUACAAGGUGGUGACCAUCAUUUUCCAUGUUGAAUCAAAGAGUUGGGAGGUGAAGGUUUACUGCAUGGGUGACUCUUGUUGGAGAAGGGUUUUAACCUGCUCUUCUGCUUUGCCCAUUUUGCAAGAUGAAAAUGGAGUAUUUGUAAGCGGCACUCUUAACUGGUUAGCACUUCGAACCUCUGUGAGUUCUGAUCCUCUAAUAGAAACCAUUACAAACAAUGGAAAUCAAUCAGUGAUUUUUUCAUAUGAUCUGAAGGAUGAGGUAUACAGGUAUAUGUCGUUACCUAAUGGUCUUUCUGAAGUAUCUCAUGAUAAGUGUUAUCUUGGUGUGUUGAGUGGUUGUCUUUGUCUUUCUCAUGAUCACGACGGAACCUAUCUAGUUGUUUGGGAAAUGAGAACGUCCGAACCCCAAAAUUCUUGGACUCAGAUGCUGAAAACUGAAAAUGGCGAUGUUCUGUUGCUGACAAACCAUGGACGUGCACAUUUUGUUCUGCUUGGUCAAGAAGAUGACAGAGUAGAUUGUAUUGAAAGUUUCAAAAGCGAAUUCGAUUUAUACUCUACGUUUAUAUCUUCUCAUUAUGCUGAGAAGCUUUCUUCCUCUGUGCAAGCAUGUACCAAGGACUCAAAAAAGAGAAGAGUGAAGGGCCAGGUAGUAAGGACUGUGUCACAGUUUGAUGUAGUGGUUACCGCAGCAGGGAUAGCAGACAAUAAAAAACAGCUGGAGUGGGAACUAUGGGAGUGA